AUGACUUCAGGAUCAACACUGCCAGCCGAGCCUGCCAAGUCCCUGACAUCGCUGCCCAGGGAAGUUCUGAAGUGGAUCCAAAGCUUAGACUUGUCUUACAGCGUCCGAAACGCGAAGCGGGACUUCGCGAAUGGCUUUCUCGUUGCCGAGAUCUUCUCGAGGUAUCACCCGCAGGACAUCUCCAUGCAUUGCUUCGAUAAUGGCCUCAAGGCGGCCACGAAGAAUGACAACUGGGAGCAGCUCUUCAGGUUCUUCCGCAAGCACAACUACCCCAUCUCGCGGAUUGACUUCGACCCCGUGAUGGAGAACCAGCCCGGUGCUGCCGUCGCCCUGCUUAUCAAGGUUUACACCUUGCUGACCAAUAGGACAGUGCCCAUCUUCCUCAGUGAGGACAUCCCAGACGCCAUGGAUGCCAGCACCUCGCCCGGCAAGAAGGUGGUGGUGGAGACGCUCUUGGAACCCUCGGUCGCUCCUUCCUCCAUUGAGCCCUCCUUCGAUGAGAACCGGCUGGAUGCCGGCGGAGACUCUCGCCCAGAUGCAUACCACAUCUUCCAGGCCGCCCGGCACAAGAGGCCAGUGGAACGCUCUGUUCCCAGAGCCGUCUCGGAGCGCGGCGAAGCCGUUCCUCUGGACAUUCCCGAGGUCUCUGCUCGCUCGCUGACGAGGAACGUGGCGCAGCUGAGGGCCCAGCAGGCGCAAGCCAUGCAGAAGAGCUCCGCAUCUACGAGCCAGCGGAAGGCCGUGGGGAUUGCUGAGAACGGCUCGUCAACCCCUCGCCUGGGCCUGGGCUCCGUGAAGCCCGUGGUGGACAUCAUGCGGCCGACAGUGGCAACGAUACUCCAGGAAGACGAUCAGGUGAUGAAGUCCCUGGAUCCGCGCAAGGACGUCCUGGUCUCGUUUAUGGAGCUUUGCCGCACACAUGUGCCACAACCAAUCGUCGUGCGAGUCUUUCAGGCAUUGUCGGACCAGGUGCAUCAGUUGAUCGAGACGGUGCUGAAGUCCCCGGCCGAGUUCUGGCAUGUCUGGCGGCUGCUCAGUCCUACCCUCGUGGAGUUCAGCGAGCGAAAUCCAGUCUUUGAGAGCGUCAUCACCUUCCUCAAGCGCUUGGGUCAGUUGAUGAGUGAGGCGGACACUACACUGACGCAGCAGCUCCUGGUGGAUGGCAUCCUUCCAAGCUUGGCCCCCUUGCUGGUGGACACCGCCGGCAAGCGAGAGCCGCUCUGUGAAGUCGUCUAUGCAUACACCCAACCUCAGGUUUUGGCACGGCUCAACGUCCUUCGUGGCCUCAAGGAGGGCAUGGACAGCAUGCCGGCCUACAUUUGCUGCCUUUCCUACUUCUUGCCUAUGGAGCUGGAGCUGGGGUUGGAUGACGAACACCUACUCCGUCACUAUCAGUACUAUGCGCUGGUGGCGCUUCAGAGAAAGGAGCCGAGUGUGCGGGUCGCGGGUCUCACGAUGCUGAGAUCCGUGUCACUCCAGUCACCGAACUUCGCCCAGAACGUGCUGCAGGAGGUGCCCAGCUUCGCUGGCCUUGUCCGGGAUGAAUGGUGGGAGGUUCAGGGGCAGCUGCUGCUGCUGGUGGGACGCCUGCUGGAGCACACGGCAGGUAUGGGCCAAGCCGAAGCUGGCGAGGAGGCCAGCCAUGCCGAGGCAGCAGAGCAACUGCUCAAGGUCGCCGCGCAGCUCUUGACGAGCAAAGGCUCUACGAAGAUGGUGCUACAGAUUGGUCUCUGCGCCCUGGCCAAGGUGUUGAGGCCAUAUCCUGUGCUGCUGCCGGCGUACGUUGCCGUGUUGCUGAAGCAUCCUGCAAACUUCCGUCGCCGAUUGCUAGAAUCCCACUCGCAGUCCAUGCAGGGGACGGCCCCAUCACUGAGGAAGCGCUAUGUCAUGGGUACUUCAUGCAGAGUCUAUGAGGAGUGCUGCAUCUCCGACCAGUGGCCGGCGGCCGAUGUGGCGAAAACCUUGGCCGAACAGUGUGCCAGCGAGAAUUUGCCUCACUUCGAGCCAGAGCAUCUGGAGGUUCUUACUGCAUGUAUGCCAGCACCGGAUGUCGAUAUUGACAACGACUGGCUUGCAGUCUUCGAGAAGGUUAAGAACCAUAUCUUCGUAGCCGCUUUGGACCCAAUGCUGCAUACAGGAGCCGUGAAUGUUAUUCGCAGGUUCUGGCUUUGCCGCCCGCAGUCCCUGGCUUUGAAAGCUUUGGAUCUGUCGAAGAAGACGCUCUUGCAAACCUUAUGCCUGAACUACAGCGAGAGUGCCAACUCGCAGAUGCGUGUGGAGGAGCGAGUCCUUGUUGAGUUCUUGAGUGAGAUGCGAGAUGCCGGCGGCGCUGUUGCUCACACGCUGCAAGGUGUCGUGGAUCAGUUUCGAGAGUUGCAUAACGCCGAGUUUCAGCGGUCCACCUUGGCGAAGCUCUUCGGCUGA